AUGGGCUAUGCCGUACUAAUCCAUUUCGUCUCCCAUCUCGAGGAGGAUUGCCUUGAUGACCGUCAGAAGUCUAAAGACGAAAAGGAACACGACUGGAUGUAUGUUAUCCUGAUGGCCGCCGCUUAUCUCGGACGCAUUCGAGACUUGAAACACUUGAUAACCCUAGGUCUGGACGUUAAUCGGAACCAUGAGGCUACGUGGCUAUAUCCGCCACUCAUCGCAGCUUCGUUUGGCGGACAGGAAACAGCUGCUAGAGUCGUCGUCGAACACGGUGCAGAUCCCCAUACUGUGAUGCGGUCGAAUGAUUCAAGUAAUGAGAACGCGAUCCAUUUUGCCGCUCUCUUUGGCCAUUGCUCCCUCAUCCAGUUCCUCGUUGGCCAUGGUGUCAACCCUCGAUUGGAGAGCCUCAAAAGCGAUACUCCACGGAUCUGGGCAGCCGCAGCAGGAAACCCAGAUGUUGUUCGCAUACUUCUGACCUAUUAUAUUGAUGUCCCCGAAAAACGCCAGCAGCUUGAAGCCGCGCUCGACUGGGCUGCUAAUCGCGGUUACAGUGAUGUCGUUGUGGAGAUCCUGAGGGACCCCGAUUCCAAGUAUAGCCACACAGCGCCGCUGGACUCGGCACCGUUAGCAGGAGCAGCCAUCAUGGGGAGAGAGGAUGUGGUCCAAGCCCUUCUUAGCGACCCAUAUGUCAUGGGGAAGGAGUGUACAAUAUUUCGGCGUGCACUAAGUGCGGGAGAGACAACAACCGUCAGAACCAUGAUCGACAGCAAUCGUAAAAUGCUGGAAGAGUACCAAAUCGUCUACUCUGAAACAGCUUUACCCUACACUGUGCUACACCGGGCAGCUGAGUCGCAGGAUACCGCGAUAGUCCAGGCUGUUCUAGAGCAUCCUAGGCUAGACAUCAACCUUUGCUCGGGCACGGAUACGGGCGGCCAGUAUGAGUGCGCUCUCAGUUUCUCUAUCAAGAUCAACACGCCAGUGCAGGAAAUAUUUGAAGCGAUACGCGCCCAUGCUGGAGUCGAUGUCAAUAUUCGUGAUGGUGCUGACCGCACUCCUCUUGCAGCAACUGCUUUGAAGGGACAGGUAAAAAUGAUGCAGAUGCUUCUAGCACGGGACGAUGUGGAUAGAGACCCAGUGGAUGGUGACGGCAACACACUCAUGCACCUUGCCUUACUCUCAGGCAAGCAGAGCAUGGUUGACUUCCUACUAGCGACGAGGGGCACGGAUUUUUUACGGACCAGAAAUAGGGAACGCCAAACUCCCAUAGCUCUGGCUGUUGAGUUAGAAUAUUUGGAUAUCGUGAAGUCAAUGCUCAACAUCGUCGGAGGCUCGGCGCGAGACACUCAUACUUGUUGCAGUUGCCAGUGGAAAGGAAACGUUGAAGCUGUUGUUAGAUCAGAACCCGGAGGUACCGAUGAACAGCACUCCACGGAUCUAUGGGGAUUGGGAUAA